AUGUUUCAGCUAAAUCACAUUUUGCGGUCUCUUCACAAAUUCAAAAUGUUUAUGCCACGUGGUUUCGGUGGUGAUACUAAUUCAGCAGCCAAAUUAGCGGAGGAGCGCCGACGUGCCCAGCUCGAAACCCGAAAUGAUGCUAUCCGUUUCUUGAUGUUUCCGCUCGUCGUAGAACUUGGUAAGAAUUUUUCUCCAACUUUAAAAUAUCGGUGA